UUUGAAAGCCAUGGUAUAAAGAGCGUGCCGUCAUAGGUAGUAUGAGUAUAUAGAGUCUAAGAGUGAGUAUAAAUGUGGAGGCAGAGAGUACGGUAAAGGCUGUAUCGCGACACGACAUCCAUGGAGCACCCCGCUACCAACCUAGUACAGGCUGCCAGGUAUUACUUGUUUAGUCAUCCACGACUACGUUGACGCAUGGGUAUAAUUACCUCUUCCACCCAUGGACAUCAUGCCUAAUUAAGCUAUUUUGCCCAACGAAAGUCAUCUCGAUCUUAACGAACCGUGCCAUAAGACUUGUAUGAUCUCAAUCAUAAGAAUACGUAGAUGCGUGGGAGCCGCUUCGUUUGUGCAAGAUUCAGAGCUUCUCAUACAUUGGCAAAUAUCUCUCAUCCGUUCUUCUACUCCACGGUAGGCGACCGCUACUGGGUUGAAAAAAUGGAGGCACCGAUCAGUAUCGCUCAGGAGAACGAAAUGUUUCGGCUUCGGUCCUACCAGACUGAAAUGUUGGAGAAGAGCCUUAAGAAAAACAUAAUAGUGGCGAUGGAUACUGGUAGCGGCAAGACCCACAUAGCCAUUAGUAGAGCUCGAACAGAGUUGGAGACUUGCGACCCGUAUAAAGUAUGUCUGUCACUGCCUGGUGCUGGUCACGUGUUCAAUUCAAGGUUAAUUGCCAUUCAGAUCGUCUGGUUUAUAGCUCCGACUGUGGCUCUGUGCAAUCAACAGUAUCAAGUAUUUCAGACACUACUGCCGGCGUACCAGGCUCGAAAACUCACAAGCAUGGAGAAUGUCGAUACGUGGACCGACCAGCGAACGUGGGAUGCAGUGCUUUACAAUAUGAGAGUAGUCGUUUCGACUCCGGAUGUACUCGCUCAAGCUCUGACCCAUGGUUUUGUUCCAAUGACCAGACUGGCUUUGCUAAUUUUUGACGAGGCCCAUCAUUGUACUAAGAACCAUCCAAUGAACAGGAUUAUGAAAGAUUUCUAUCACAGAAUGCGACGAAAGGACCCAUCAUUAGUACCGCCAAUUCUCGGUCUCACUGCAAGCCCAGUGAUCAACAGCAACCCAAAAGCUUUGCAAACAAUCGAGCAGAACUUGGAUUCUCACGUCACCAUUCCUAAGAUCCAUCAGACUGAAUUCUUGCAGCACGUGCAUCGACCUAAUUUGGAACCAGUAUUCUUUCAGGUCGACCUCCCAGUGCGAAAUGUCAGAGGUAGUGCCAUUAUGACAGCACUACAGGAAGCAUAUCAUGGUUAUGAUCUCGCGAGUGAUCCGUAUAUCCAGGACUUGUAUGAAAGGAUGCGCUACGAUCCGACCGCCGAAUGCAAACUUAGUAAGGCGUUCGCGAAGGAAUCCACAUAUUGCCUGGAACAGCUGAAGUCCAUUCAGUCUAGGGCCUAUAGCGUGUGUGAGCAGCUUGGCGCAUUUGCAGCUGAACGUUACAUCGUGCGAUGUGUAGACCGGCUCAAAGACGCGGCUGAAAUGAACGAGGAGUCACAGAUGCUCGGCUGGUCCGGGCGAGAAAAGACUCAUUUGAUGGCAUUGCUUCGUAAAAUUGUAGCACCAGUAUCUUCUGGGCCUCCUGCAGAGGGUAUAUCUGCUAAGGCUACUGCCCUGAUAAGCUAUCUCAAGAAAGCAUACCAUAAGGACUUCAGGGGUCUUAUCUUCGCCGAAAGACGAGCUGUGGUGAAUGCUCUUGAAGAUGUGAUCCGAAAUGAUCCCGACCUGAAACAGUCUUUCCAGGUUGGGGCAUUCGUGGGUACUUCUUCAUCUUCGAGUCGAUCCAAGGACGUUGCAGAACUGGUUGAUAUCAAAGGUCAAGACCAAACCUUGAAGGACUUUCGAGAGGGUCGUAAAAACCUCAUAGUGACCACCAGUGUCCUUGAGGAAGGCAUUGAUGUCCCAAAUUGUAACGUCGUGAUAUGUUUCGAUGCGCUAACAAACCUGAAGAUGUAUGUGCAGCGCAGAGGCAGGGCCAGAAAAAUGGCCUCGAAUUUCAUGAUCAUGAUACCUCAAAACGCAUUAGAGUCGUCUUCGGUGACAGAAUGGUCCACACUGGAGCAGAUCCUGAAAGAGGAGUAUGCCGAUGAGUCGCGUCAGAUCAAGCCUAUGAACAGUACAGAGUUAAUCGACGAGGCUGAUGACUACAGCCUGUAUGUCGACUCGACGCAAGCCUUACUUACUUCCGAUGGCGCAUUGCCUCAUCUUUUUCACUUUUGCGCCACCCUCAGGACAGGUCCACAUACGGACCACCGACCUGAAUUUAAACUCGAUACAGAUGACGAAGGCUGUUUUUCGGCAGAGGUUACCCUUCCGCUGGCUGUGGACGCCUCUCUCCGACGUCACAAGGGUAUUUCGAAGUGGAAAAAUGAGAAAGACGCGAGAAAGGAUGCUGCCUUUCAAGCCUACAAGGCCUUGCAUGAAGCCGGAUUGAUUGGCAGCAAUUUGUUGCCUUUGCACGGUGAGGUUAAUGGAGCACCUCAAUGCGAUAUGAUAGAUGACCGCCCAGCCAUGGUACCAGUCAAUCCAAGGAUAGAUCCUUGGGCCCUUCACGCGACAGCUAUAGGAAACCAGCGCUACGCGUAUCGCAUCCGGUUCUCUAGUACUAACCACAGUUGUGAGUUUGACGUGAUGACGACAAUGCCUUUACCUACAAUUCCACCAUACAAUCUAUAUUGGAACAAGUCGCUCGUAUAUGAGGUCUCCUAUGAGCUCCAGAGGGACCAACCCAUGCAUAUAGAAGACGAUCUGGUUGCAUCGCUCCAAAAAGUCACCUACCAUCUCUUGUCAUCAAGUCUGGGUUCACACCGCUUAGUUUCCAACAAGUUCGACUUUGUCGUGCUUCUAUUACCCAACAUAGAGCUUAGUACUUCUGCCGUCGACGACUUUGUAGCGACCACAUCUGGGGCUCGACCAGCAACGAUCCUCGAGAAGUAUCCAACCAUGGAUGGCCAUUCAAGUCGUCUUGGACUGGUGCGGCGUCAUGGAGCCAGUGAACGAUUUAUGCUUCAAAAAAUAAAUGAAAGAGUAGAUGAACAAUCACAAGGCUCCAAGGAAUAUGUUUUGAAGGUGAGUAAGUUUCCAAAGAGAAAAGACUUCCUUCACCAAGUGGACGCCCGGGAAAAGCAAAAUCCAGCGUAUACAGCUGUAUUGGAACUUGAACUGGCGGACAGUGUCAUCGAAAUGUUGCCAGCAGAUCUUGUCACUGCUGUGACCUUUGCGCCUUGCGUCUUGCAUCGUCUAGAAGUUUACAUGGUGGCCCAAAAUCUUUCCGCUGGCAUAUUUGCUCCUGUUGGUUUCACUGAUGUGCAUCUCGUUUUGACAGCUUUGUGUGCCACGUCGGCUAGAGAGCAUGUAAACUAUCAGCGCAUGGAAUACCUCGGUGAUGCCUUACUCAAGUUCGCCUCUUCGAUCCGCCUAAUGGCAAGAAAUCUUACCUGGCCAGAGAGCUAUCUCACAGCCGAGAAAGGACGCACCGUCUCAAAUGGAUACCUUGCCAAAGCAUCUCUGGAUGCUGGUCUCGAUCAAUACAUCAUCCGAACAGGAUUUACCGGCGCCAAGUGGCAACCGCAAUACUUAUCUGAUGUGCACGCUCGACAAUAUGAAAAACAAGAAGCCAAACAGAAAGACAAUAUUUCUACUAAAACCUUGGCCGAUGUUGUUGAGUCCUUGAUAGGCGCAUCAUAUUUGUCUAGAGGUCGGAUAUCUGAUGCAUUGACAUGCAUGCAGAUUCUACUUCCCCGGGAACCAUGGCUUUCGAUACAUGAUGCCAACAAGAUUCUCUUCUCAGCGGCCCCAGAAAUAUCUGGUAUUCCGCCCUCGCAUUUCAAACCGGUCGAAGAACUGUUAGGCCACACCUUUGAUCGCGUAUCUAUUCUUACUGAAGCCCUGACUCACCCAUCGUACUCACCACCACACCAUGAGCGAAUAUCCUCCUACCAAAGACUCGAGUUCCUCGGCGAUGCCGUGAUCGACUACAUUAUCUCGACAAGAUUGUACGCACACAAUCCACCGCUGUCGCACGGUCUAAUGCAUACGUUCCGCACCGCACUUGUCAACGGAUACCUCCUCGCCUUUCUUAUGUUUGAGCUUAAGAUCUCCGAAGUGCGCUACGAGCUUCCAACGACGGCAAAACGGAAGUGGGACUCCGUCGCCGAGCCUGGAAUCCAGGACUUCACCAGGUCGUUAUAUCAGUUCUUGCGUCACAACUCGCCAGAGUUACUGCACGCUCGGCAUGCAACCCAUGCGCGUCAUAUGGGCCUUCGCGCAGCAAUUCUCGAGGCACUAUACAACGGGCAUGAAUAUCCUUGGGCGGAAUUGGAACAAGCCAGGGCCGAGAAGGUUUUUUCUGAUAUCGUUGAGAGCGCCAUAGGUGCCAUCUACAUUGAUUCGCAUGGCUCAUUUGAGGCUUGCGAGAAGUUUCUUGAGAAGCUGGGGCUGUUCAAGGCCAUGCAGCGGAUGGUCGCCGGGCAGUUGGACUGCCUGCAUCCGAAGGAACGGCUAGGGCAGCUCGCGGUGAACGACAAAGUUUUGUACGAACAUGUCAAGAAAUCGGCCGGUGCAAAGGCGAAACCUGGCCACAGUUCAGAGGGCUCUACUACCUCGCGUCCUGCACCCGGCUAUGUAUGCCGCGUCAGAGUGGGCGACAAUUAUAUAGGUGAUGCUGUCGAAGGAGUGUUAAGGUCGGAAACAGAGACACUGGCAGCGUGGAGGGCAUGCCAGGUGAUUCGAACACAGAUGUCAGUUGAUAACUCGACGAUUUCUGGGUAGGCAGCUCAGAAAGCUGUACGUGUAUCUUCAGAUGAUAUAACGACGCAAGGCCUAUCACCCUCGUGAAAGCUAAGAAAUUUCGGUCUUAGACCUUU